CUACGGGAGGGAUUCAUGUCACUCAAGAUUCACUGGCCAAUCAGGGCCUCCAGGCAGGACGUCCACUAGUAGAAGAGGAGUGUACUUCCUGGUGCCCUGUUUCCAGCAGCCGAUUUUUCUGAGUUGCUUAGCGGGCUUGAAUGAUUGGCCUGAUGUGUUUUGAUGUCUGCUGCCGGAUGUCUUAUGGACGUGCUGGCAAUCUACUAAUUCGGAACAUGACAGUGACUUUUGAGGAUGUGCAUGUGAACUUCACUCAGGAAGAGUGGGCUUUGCUAGAUCCCUUCCAGAAGAAGCUCUACAAAGAUGUCAUGCUGGAGACCUACAGGAACCUCAAUGCUAUAGGCUUUAAUUGGGAAGAACAAAACAUUGAGGAACAUUGUCAAAGAUCUAGAAGACAGAAGAGGCAUGAAAGAAGUCAGAGUGCAGAGAUUCCCUCCGAAUAUACUCACUGUGGAAAACCUUUUGCUUCACAUGCUCAUAGUCAUCCUCAAAAGAAUGAAAGGAUUCAUUCAGAAAAGAAGCCCUCUGAAGUUAUUCAGUGUGUUGAAGCCUAUGCUCCUUACACAAUUCUCCAAAUACAUAAAAGAACACAAGCUAGACAGAAACCUUAUGAAUGUAGUCAACGUGGUAAAGUUUUUGCAAAUCACAUUAAACUUAAAAAGCAUGAAAGACUUCAUACUGAAAGGGAACCCUACAAAUAUAAUGAAUUUGAUAAAGCUUAUUCACGACCCAGUAGCCUCCAGAAGCAUAAAAGAGUUCACACUGGAGAGAAACCCUACAAAUGUAAUGAAUGUGAUAAAGCCUUUUCACGACCCAGUAGCUUCCAGAAGCAUAAAAGAGUUCACACUGGAGAGAAACCCUACAAAUGUAAUGAAUGUGAUAAAGCCUUUUCACAACCAAGUAGACUCCAGCAGCAUAAAAAUAUUCACACUGGAGAGAAACCCUUCAAAUGUAAUGAAUGUGAUAAAGCCUUUUCACGACCCAGUAGACUCAAGCAGCAUAAAUAUAUUCACACUGGAGAGAAACCCUACAAGUGUAAUGAAUGUGAUAAAGCCUUUUCAGAACACAGUAGCCUCCAGAUGCAUAAAAGAGUUCACACUGGAGAGAAACCUUACAAAUGUAAUGAAUGUGAUAGAGCAUUUUCAGUACGCAGUAACCUCCAGAAGCAUAAAAGAGUUCACACUGGAGAGAAACCCUACAAAUGUAAUGAAUGUGAUAAAGCCUUUUCACGACCCAGUAGACUCAAGCAGCAUAAAUAUAUUCACACUGGAGAGAAACCCUACAAGUGUAAUGAAUGUGAUAAAGCCUUUUCACGACCUAGUAGCCUCCAGACACAUAAAAGUGUUCACACUGGAGAGAAACCCUACAAAUGUAAUGAAUGUGAUAAAGCCUUUUCGGGACACAGUAACCUCCAGAAGCACAAAAGAGUUCACACUGGAGAGAAACCCUACAAAUGUAAUGAAUGUGAUAAAGCCUUUUCAGAAACCAGUAGCCUCCAGAAGCAUAAAAGACUUCACACUGGAGAGAAACCCUACAAAUGUAAUGAAUGUGAUAAAGCCUUUUCAGUACACAGUAUCCUCUGGAAGCAUAAAAGAGUUCACACUGGAGAGAAACCCUAUGAAUGUAAUGAAUGUGAUAAAGCCUUUUCAGACCACAGUAGCCUCCAGUCGCAUAAAAGAGUUCACACUGGAGAGAAACCCUACAAAUGUAAUGAAUGUGAUAAAGCCUUUUCACGAUCCAGUAGCCUCCAGAAGCAUAAAAGAGUUCACACUGGAGAGAAACCCUACAAAUGUAAUGAAUGUGAUAAAGCCUUUUCACGACCCAGUAGCCUCCAGAAGCAUAAAAGAGUUCACACUGGAGAGAAACCCUACAAAUGUAAUGAAUAUGAUAAAGCCUUUUCAGUGCACUGUAGCCUCUGGAUGCAUAAAAGAGUUCACACUGGAGAGAAACCCUACAAAUGUAAUGAAUGUGAUAAAGCCUUUUCACGACCCAGUAGACUCCAGCAGCAUAAAAGUUCACACUGGACAGAAACCCUAGAAGUGUAAUGAAUGUUAUGAAGCCUUUUCAGAACACAGUAGCCUCCAGAUUCAUAAAAGAAUUCACACUGGAGAGAAACUCUACAAAUGUAAUGAAUGUGAUAAAGCCUUUUCACGACCCAGUAGACUCAAGAGGCAUAAUAGAGUUCAUACUGAAGAGAAAUCCUACAAAUGUCAUGAAUGUGAUAAAGCCUUUUCAGAACACAAUAGUCCCCAGAUGCAUAAACGGAUUCAUGUUGGAGAGAAACCCUACAAAUGUCAUGAAUGUGAUAAAGCCUUUUCACGACCCAGUGGAUUCCAGAUGCACAAUAGAGUUCAUACUGGAGAGAAAGCCUACAAAUGUAAUGAAUGUGAUAAAGCCUUUUCACGACCCAGUAGACUCAAGAGGCAUAAUAAAGUUCAUACUGAAGAGAAACCCUACAAAUGUAAUGAAUGUGUGAAGCCUUUUCAGAAUACAGUAGCUUUCAGAAGCAUAAAAGGAUUCAUACUGGAGAGACUCCCUACAAAUGUAAGGAAUGUGAUAAAGCCUUUUCACGACCCAGUAGCCUCCAGAAGCAAAAAGAGUUCACACUGGAGAGAAACCAUACAAAUGUAAUGAAUGUGAUAAAGCCUUUUCAGCACACAGUAGUCUCCAGAUGCAUAAAAGGAUUCAUAGUGGAGAGAAACCCUAUGAAUAUCAUGAAUGUGAUAAAGCCUUUUCACGACCCAGUAUACUCUACAGGGAUAAAAGAGUUCAUACUGGCGAGAAACCCUACAAAUAUAAUGAAUACGAUAAAGUCUUUUCAGUCCACGGUAGCAUUCGGAGUCAUACUGAAGACAAACCCUACAAAUGUAGUGACUGUGGUGAAGCCUUUAGUCAACACAAUAGACUCCUGAUACAUGAAAGGAUUCAUACUGGACAGAAACCCUACAAGUGUAAUGAAUGCGAUAAAGUCUUUUCACAUCUCAGAGACUCCAGAUUCAUAAUAGAGUUCAUACUGGAGAGAAACCCUACCAAUGUAAUGAAUGUGAUAAAGCCUUUUCACAACCCAGUAGAUUCCAGGUACAUAGAAGAAUUCAUACAGGAGCAAAUUCGUCAAAUGUAGUGAAUGUGUUAAACCCUUUUCACAACAAAAUAGUCUCUAGACAAAUAGAGUUCAUACCAGAGCGAAACCCUACAACCUUAAGCAAUGUGAUAAAGCCUUUCACAACACAGUAAUCUCCAAAUACAUUAAAGAACACACAGAGGAGGGGUACCCUCCAAAUGUAACCAGUGUGACAAAGCCUUUUUCCAAUAUAAUAGUCUCCAAAUACAUAGAAAAAUACAUUCUGGAGAGAAACCCUACAAGAUAAAAAUUGUGAUAAAAGUUUUCCAAUCCACAUUCAUCUUUUUUUGUAUGUUUGUUUUAUUCUGUUAAGAGUUAAAGACAGAUUUUAUUUUAAACUCUGAUUUACCAAAUUAACUUUUCCUACCAACUCUCAGAGCAGAGACUUUCACAGGAUUCACAAUCUUUUGUUUAUUGGCUGCGUUUGUGGGGGCCUUGGCAGCCACCAUUGCUGUCUUUGAUACCCGCUUAGCCUUUUUUCCUUUCUUGUCAGCCCUUCUAGCCUGCUCUCAAUGAGCUUUCCUGACUCCUGUUUUCUGAUUCUUCUUAGCAUUAUAUCAGCACGAGACACACAGGGAUGACUCCCUGGAAUGUGACUGUACUGCGGGUUCUUUUCUUUUGAAUUUCUUCAGCCUGUGUUUCGUGUGUGUGUGUGUGUGUGUGUGUGUGUGUGUGUGUGUGUGUGUGUGUGUGUAUCUGUAGAGGACAGUCUAGUUCAUCUGCCUAGGAUUCCUUUUGGAAAGGAAUGCAGACUCACUUUUGCCAGUAAGAAAACUGGAAAACCUUCCAAUAUUCCUUGGCAUAAUGUUGCCCAUGUCCUAGGUAUAUCUUGUACCUGCUGAAACUGAACAGCUCAGCCUUCACGGUCAUAGAUGCUCACCUGCCAGGGAAAGACAGCACAGAGCACAGUCAUCUUAAAAGGCAUGUGGGAGUGGGUGAUGUCAUUAAGCAGGUGAAGGCAGGCACAAGGUAGGACGAGGCCUGUCAUUGGAUGAGAGGGAAGGAUGAGCGGCAGAAAAGUUUGAGGGAAGAGGAUCUUAUCAAUUGGAUCAGAGGUUAUUGUGUGUUGUUUCCUGUGGGGAAUUAAGUUUAAUAGAGUAUGUGUCAGCUGGGACACUAUGCCACCAUGGAAUUGAGAUGUAUAUUUCUGGCAUGGUGACAUCCUGCCUUGGGGACUGCAUUGGUAGACAGAUUGUUGCCAGGCUCAGAGAGAGGCCAUAGGCAAUGUUAUAGGGGCUAGAGCAAAGCGGGUGAGAGGCUUUGCUGAUUGAGAUUAAGAUAUCUACCACAUAUCUAGGGGCACUGUGAUGCUGACCAGUGUGGGUAAAAACAGUAUUCCAUUUUUUAUAAUUUUGCAGCAACACAUACACCGGGAGAGAAGCCAUUGGUGUUUUGUUCAGUAAAUUUUCACCUUUUCCCAUGUAUUUGAGGCUCAACCCCACGUUUUCUUCUAUUAGUUUGAGUAUCUGGUUUUAUGUGGAGUUCCUUGAUCCACUUGAAUUUAAGCUUUGUCCAGGGUGAUAACAAUGGGUCAAUUUGCAUUCUUCUACAUGUUAACCUUCAGUUACACAAUGGAGUACUACUUGGCCAUUAAAUAAAAUGACUGCAUAAAAUUCUUAGGCAAAUGGUUGGAACUAUAAAAUAUCAUAGUAACUGACGGAACUCGGUCACAAACACACACACAUGAUAUCCACAAACUGAUAAAUGGAUAUUAGCCCAAAAGCUCAGAAUACCCACAAUAAAAUUAACACAUCCUAUGAAGCUCAUGAACAGGGAAGACCAAAGUGUGGAUGCUUCAGUCUGUAGAAGGGGAAACAAAAUACCCACAAAAGGAAAUAAGGAGACAAAGUAUGGAGGAGAGACUGAAGAGAAGAGAAUACUCCACCGGGUGUUCACUCCACAUACAGUCACCAAACAGAUACUAUUGCAGAUGCCAAGAAAUGCUUGCUGACUGGAGCCUGAGAAAGCUGUCAGGUGAAAGGCUCAGCUAGAGCCUGGCAAAUACAGAGGUAGAUUUUCAAAGCAAACCAUUGGGUUCAGUACGGGGUCCCCAAUGGAGGAGUUAGAAACAGGAUUGGAGGACCUAAAGAGGCUUGCAACCCCAUAGGAAGAACAAUAAUAUCAACCAAGCUGAUCCCACAGAGCUUCCAGGCAUUAAACGCCCAACAAAAGAGCACACGUGGAGCCACCCAUGACUCCAGCUACAUCUGUAGCAGAGGAUGGCCCUAUUGGAAAUGAGUGGGAGGAGAGACCCUUGGUCCUGUCAAGCUGUAAUGCUUCAGUGUAGUGGAAUGCCAGGAAGGCAAGCAAGAGUGGGUGGGUUUGUGGAAGCACCCUCAGAGAAGCAGGGGAGGGGCUAUGUGAUAGUGGGUUUCUGGAGUGGAACCUGGGAAAGGGGAUAACGUUUGAAGUGUAAAUAAAGAAAAUAUCCUUUGACAGAAAAGGAAAAAAAGAAAUGGAGUCUUCUUUAGAAUGUCACAGCCUUCAGACACACAGCACUCAGGAUGAGGUAAAAUGCCUUUCACGUCAAAGUGCUGCAGUCAACUACCUAAACUUAAACAGGUGGUUAAUGUGAGAUCUUUUCUUAUUUGGAAUAUAUAACAUGGCAAAACCCCUCUUUUUUUCUGGAGCUUUUGAGUUCACAAGAAAAUUCUUUAUCUUCUGCUGGAAGCUUACAUAUGUAAGGAUGAUGAAGAUGGGAACUCUUUUUCUUUUUCUUCCUGCCAUACUCUGGCAAGAGAGAUCACUACUUUUCUAGCAUUCAAGGUUCCGUGUUAGGAAUUCUGGUAUAUGCUGAAGACCAGCUGAGACAUAGAGACACGACUGUAUUCUUCAACUUGCCAUUGUUACACAGUCAUUGUUUUACUCGUGGACAAUAUUCCAUGAGACAUUUCUCUAUAUCCACUUCAUCCAUACAUAGAGAGAGCCAUGCUUUGGGUUUUGUUCAUCUGGAAAACCUCUGCUAGUACAGAUAUGUGUUUUCACCUCCCACUGAGGAAGAUGUGCUGUCUUCUAAUAGUGCUCCACUGAGAUUGCCAUCCAUAUCCUACUUUUUUCCCAGAGUUGUCUGGAUUCUCAUAUUGAAAGAACAAGAUAAACCCCAUUUCUGGAGAAUUAUUUUGAAAGGGAAAGAUAAACCCCUUUUAUCUCCACUGAAGCAACCCUUUUAUCCAUUUGGAACAGCAGGCCUGUUUGAAAAAACAGCCAUAAAGCACCAGCCUCAGGAUAGACCACAAUUAACAUAGAGAAAGUCAUGAGACACCAGCUCUAGGAAAAUAAAAUUAAAUCUAGAACAAAUUCAUAAACACCCCUCACUCCAGAGACCAGUCCAGGUAUAAGUACAAAUAUGGAAAUACCUUUUCUCUGAAUGGGCCAUUUGCACUGGGCAGCCCUAUUUCAUUACAUGGUUAAAAGUUCAUAACACAGGGAUGCAAAACACUGACAACAUGUGACCUCAUAGCAUCCACCAAAGAAAUAUUUUAUUAUGCUAGAGAUUUUACCUGGUUCCCUAUAAAAUGAUUUUGUGCUUUUCCUGGGGUUGGUAUUUCAAAGAAUGGUUGACCUCUGUAUGAAGACCAUCUCUGUAAAAUGAACCCUCUUUUUUUUUUUUUUUUGCAUAGUAUCUAAGUCUGGGGUCUGCCUUCAGUGAUAUUCAGACCCUUACAUUAUAUAGCAGAUGAAUAGUAGCUACAGUUUUCCUAAUGUAAGUGUGAAGUUACAGAAACAGACAUCAUAUUUUGUGUCCAGGAAGCUCUUUCAAUUGGGAAGACCCCAUCUUUCAAGGGGUCAUAUGGUGAAUCAUGGACUUUAGAAGCUAUCCAUCUUGAUUCAAGGUGGUAUAGUUUGAGUGGAGGAGGAGGGGGAGGAAAAAGGGGUGGUAGAAAAGAAAAGGAAGAGGAAGAGUGAGAAGAAGAACAAGAAGAGGAACAAGACAACAAGAAGAAGGAGAAAAAGAUGAGGAAGGAGGAGGAAGAAAAGGCAGAGCAGAAGAAACUGAAGAGGAAGAGGAGGAAGAGCGUGAGAAGGAAAAGCAGGAGCAGUGUAUAUGGAAGAGGAGAAUGAGGACAAGAAGAAUGAGUGGGAGGAGGAGGGGGAAGAAAUUCCUGCUGAAAGAUAGAAAGGUGGGAUAACGGAGGACAGGUAUAUUUGAUACUGAAACACAAAUCUUGGGGAUCUUAAAAGGGUCAGCUCCUGGACUAGAAUGCUGGCCCAGGAAACCUUAAGCUAAUGUGUCCCUUCAGCACAAUCCAACCCUAAGAGAGGUGCUUAUGGCACUCAAGAUCCACUGGCCAAUCAGGGCCUCUAGGAAGACCCUGCAAUCAGAAGAGGAGGGAUCUUACAGGUGCCUUGUUCCUACAGCAAGUUCAGCUCUCUUGCUGAGGAUGCUUCGAAGGUUGGUAUAGUGUGUUUUGACUCUUCUGCUGAGUGCUUUCCAGGAGUGCAGGUUGAGCUACUGAGCCUCAUUGUGGUGAGCAUGUGACCACUGUCCCUAACCUGAAUUAUCAGAGGACUGAGAAUGGGGAGGUGGCAAAGUGGCCCUCCUGUUUGCAGGGUGUAAAUUAGCAGCCAACUUUGAGGUUCUUGUGUUCCUAGCCACUAAGUGUUCUUAUGGGUUUCACAUGAAUAACUUCAGUAUGGGAGACUCAUCUGCACAAAGCAUUUGGAGCAAGGGAUUUCAAGUACAGAUGCAUCUUUGGCAUGAUUCCAAAUUCGGAGAUCUUGAUUCUCAGCAUCUGAACCUUUCCUUAAGUAUUCCUUGUUUAUUCAAAAUUUCUCUGUUGACCAUUCUCUGUUUAGUACUGUACCCUAUACUUUAAUUGGGAUAUUUGAGUUGUUUCUGUCUAACCUCUUGAGUUCUUCAGAAAUUUUUAAUACUAACCCUAUGUAAGAUAAAGCGUUAGUGAAUAUUCUGUUUCAAUCUUUACGCUGCUUUUUUGUCCUACUGACAGUGACCUUUACCUUAAAGAUAUUUUGUAGUUUCAUGAAGUCCCACUUUUCAAUUGCUGAUGUUGGUGCCUGAACCAUUGCCAUUCUUGUCAGGAAAUUGCAUCUUGAGCACUUGUGUCUUAUAUUAUGUUGAUAUCCUUGAUUCAAUUGGACUGUGGUUGAUGUUUACAUGUGUUUUGGGUUCAGUUUUGUGUGUGUGUGUGUGUGUGUGUGUGUGUGUGUGUGUUUGUGUUGUGGCUUCAUUUUCAUUGAAUUCUGGAAAGUCUAUAAUUACUUUCUUAUUUCUUCACUGACAUGGUGAUCAGAGCAAAAAGAAUAUUUAGUUUGAGAGAAGUUUUAGGCUAUCUGUUCUGUUCAUGGACAGAAGUUUCCCUACUACAGCUGUGUGUUUUUCACCUUCCCACUGCGGAAGAUGUUGCUAGGUAAUGAUAGUGCUCCAAAAUCAUUUUCAUCCAUUUCCUUCUUUUCUCCCAGUGUCAGGAGUCUCUAGAUAGCAGCUGCAGUUGUCCUGAUACCAUCGUGAAGUCACAGAAACAAAUGCCAUAUUUUGUAUCCUAAAUCUCUUUUUAAUUGGAAUCUUCUCAGAACUGUUCUCCUGUGAAUGUGAUAGUUCACCCUCCUGCAAGUUGAAUAUUGUAUUGUGAAAUAUAUCCACCUUGAUUCCUGGAGGAAGAAGAGAACAUGCCUGCUGAGUGCUAAUGCUGUCUUAAUUUUAGAUUAUAACCCUAGUAUAACUAUAAGUAACCAUAACCAUAGAAACUAUAAGUAUUGAAGAAAAGUAUAAGUUGAUAAUGAAUCUUAUUUGCAAGAAAAAAUGUUGAAGUGCUAUCUCUUUUACUGUGUUAUUGCAUUCUUAGAGAGAAACACGUAUUCAGAACAAUUUUCUCAGAACCACAACGAGUUCCAGACAACUGUCGCAGUGGGUAUGGCUGGUUGCUUCUAAACCUCAUGACAUAAUUUCAAUUUCUUUUUUUUUUUUUUUUUGGGUUCUUUUUUUCGGAGCUGGGGACCGAAGCCAGGGCCUUGCACUUCCUAGGUAAGCGCUCUACCACUGAGCUAAAUCCCCAGCCCCAUAAUUUCAAUUUCUAAUAGAUGCAUAUUAUCUAUGAAUUCUUUUCCCAUUUCUGUAGUUAUAGUCUGGCAUAGGUAUGACACACACUGGCAGUAUAUAAAAUGUUAAACAAAAUAAGGAACAAUGAUGUCACUUGAAGCUAAAUGCAUACUUGGAUCUUAUCUGUAGAAUGCACAUAGUGGAAGUAGACAAUAGACACCUGUAAGGUGCUUUUCUCUCACUGCUACCUAUACCCAUGGCACAGGUGUAUGUGCACAAACACAGUUGAAACAUUUUUUUAUGCAGAGGAAAUAAACAAUGCAAAGAAUAUGCCCCAUUUUGAGAAAAUAUGAAAUGAUUUUCCUGUUUAAAUUAUUAUUGCAAUGUUUCAGUAGGUAUUACUAAACAUCAAACCCAUGAGGCUUCAUCUGUAAGUUUACAUUGCCAUUCAUUCUUUGAUUCAAAGCUAAGUCUUGAAAAAAAAUCAGUUGGCCUUUGGGCUGCAUUCGUGUAAUCCCAGGACAUGGGGAGGGUGGUAGGCCAGUCUCUCUGAAUUUGAGGCACAGUGCUGGACUUUGUAGUGACAUACUUUAUAGCCACAUUCUGACUCAGGGAAAAAAAUACGAAAAGAAAGAGCAUACUUUAUUUAAUUGACAUUCCCUAAUAGAAUCUGAGUGUUUGCUGAACUCAUUUGGCAGCAGUGGGAGCCCACAACAAUGUAUGUCAGGUGUACGUCUGAUGUGAGUUGUGCUUCAUGUAAGGGGAGAACAGGAACAUGCAUACGUGAAGAUUGACAUGCUGAAUGGGAUCCUAUUCGAGUUCCUUGAUGACUAAAAAACAUUCAUUUUGGAACUCUGUGGGUAACUCUAGGUGACAUCAAGUCUGUCAUUAGAGUACCAUGGACCGCAAACAGAAAUCACUCUAAAACUAUGGAAGUCAGGUAUUUAGAAAGAACAAUGGGGGCUGGAGAGAGGGCUCAUCAGUUAAGAGCAGGUACUGGUCUUACAGAGGUCCUGAGUUUAAUACCCAGCAAUGGCACAGUGGCUCACAACCAUUUGUUAUGGGAUCAGAUGACUUCUGGUGUGUCUGAAGAUAGUGAUGGUGUACUCAUAUGUAUAAAGUAAGUAAAUCUUUAAAAAAUAAAAGAAAGAAUCAUGGAGUAUUGAUCAACUAUUAGGGGAUGGGCAUUGUAUAUUAAAGAGGCAGAAAAGACCCUCGACCCCAAUGCUUAGGGUGGACCUGAACACCAGCUGCUUUCCAUUGUAAUCUCUGUAUCCACUCAGAUGUGGUGGGUCAGUCCUGUCCAGUUCUUCCCCUCCUCUUUUUUUUUUCGCAACAACUACACAGAUCUAUCUGUGUUAGCACAAUGCAUAGCCUCUGUGGCAGUCUCCAAUUAAAACUUAAAGGCAUUUAGUGGCCACCCAAUGGUCCCAGUAAAUUGCCUGCAUGUUAGGAUCUAGGUACUCAAAAACUACAUUAAUAUUUCUCCUGUUGCUUAUGGCCUAAUAGAACACUGGACCCCAUAUCCUUAGAAUUUCCCUUGGAAUGUCAUUCUCAAAUAUGACUGAUUCCUCUAGGUAAGAACUUCUGUGCAUAACAAAAGUUUAUUCCUUAACUGAAUACAUGUCAGGGGGAAAAGCAACUAAAAUUCAGUGAAAGAAUUUGAGAAGGGAGAAAAUUGCUGUUCCAAAUGAGUCACACUGAGCAAAUACAUUAAUCUAAUUUCAAUUCUCAUUAAUAAUUUUGUUUUGUUCUUUUUAUUCAUUUUUGUGGUUUUAUUUGAAAGUGUAUUGUUACCAGGAGUCUCUGGCUGCCCUGGAACUCUUACCUGUUCUAGAACAUCAGAAAAUUCUGCCCACCCUGCCUCCACAAUACCAGCAUUAUAGGCGAACUUGUCACAGCUAGAUGGGUCAGUUCUUUUGAGUCUCUCUGGUUAGGGUAGCUAAGACACAGACUGUGGUCUUAAGUCUAGCAAUAGAUGUCUACCCUGAAAUGCAGCCCUUCAACCUUCAACUCCAAUGUCUUUCAAAUUAGGAGGAAUUUUGUUUUUGCUUCAUUAUAAUGUUUGUUCUGAGUCACCAAAGACCUAGGGCAGAGUUCUGUCCUUAUUAUACAGAUUGUGAAACCCAGACUCAGAGUGCAUGCCAUUACUGAAUAGAUAUGUAGACCUGCUCAUCUUCUUCAUGCUGUGAUACUAAUGACUCAGUAAAUAAAGUGGAAGGCAAGGCAACUGCCAGGAGCCAAGUCCUUACUCAGCCUCUCUCUCAGGAAUGUUUCAGGAAUGUCAAGCCCACUUACACCCUCUGGACAUAGAAGCCAGAUGUCCAUUCUUAUCACUUUUACAACUUCUGUCUCCAGCAUCUGUUCUUAUCAGUGGAUACCUGCAAAUGAGGGUUUAGGGCUAUAGGGAGGGUGGUGGCAGUGAUCUAUUAGUCUUGGGUCCUGAGUGACCUUCCCACCUGCUUGUCUUUAUAAGCCGCUGUUUUUUCUUAAUUAAAGUGUGAGAGCUUGAUCAGAA